AUGGCACAGAAUGAAAAUAAGUCUGGGCACAUCAUAAUGGUCCCUUUCUUGGCACGGGGUCAUCUUAUUCCUUUCCUAGCACUAGCAAGGAAAAUCCAACAAAGAACCAACGUCACCAUCACCAUAGCUACCACUCCUCUCAACGUUCAAUACCUCCAAUCUUCCAUUUCCUCCACUACUAAUCUCCACCUUGCUGAGCUACCCUUCAAUCCUACACAACAUGGUCUAUCCGCCAACGUAGAAAACACAGAGAAGGCAUCCCUAGUUGACAAUCUCAAAAUUGGUAAUGCCACCUUAAGCCUUGAAGCCCCUCUUCACUCCUUGAUAUCCAGAAUCACACAAGAAGAGGGUCACCCUCCACUUUGUAUUAUAUCAGAUUUACUCUUAGGGUGGGUUAACAACGUUUCCACGAGCUUUGGCACAAGGAACAUAACCUUCACCACUUGUAGUGCUUAUGGAUCUUUGGCUUACAUGUCAAUCUUGUUCAACCUCCCACAUAGAAAAACAGACUCAGACGAGUUUUGCCUUCCAUGGUUCCCUCAAAACUACCGUUUCCAACGCUCUAUGUUGCAUAGAUAUCUAAGAGAAGCUGAUGGCAAUGAUGCUUGGUCAAGGUUCUUCCUUCCUCAGUUUGAACUUUCCAUGAAGUCUAAUGGGUGGAUUUGCAACACUGUUGAAGAGAUAGAGCCUUUGGGAUUGCAACUUCUGAGGAAGUUUCUUAAGCUUCCAGUUUGGACUGUGGAUUCUCUUAUGCUACCAACUACACUCAAGUGUUCUAAUGCAAAACAACCAGGCAUAGCAAUUGAAGCAUGCAUUGAGUGGUUGAAUUCAAAGGAUGAAAAUUCAGUUCUUUAUAUUUGUUUUGGUUCACAGAACUCUAUCAGUGAAUCACAAAUGAUGGCAUUGGCUGAGGGAUUACAAGAGAGUGGAAAAUCUUUUAUUUGGGUUAUAAGGCCACCUUUUGGUUUUGACAUGAAUGGAGAGUUUAAGGAAGAGUGGUUACCCACAGGGUUUGGAGAGAGAAUGAGAAACACAAAGCAAGGUUUAUUGGUACGUAAUUGGGCACCACAGUUGGCUAUUUUGUCACACAUAUCAACAGGAGCAUUUCUAAGCCAUUGUGGAUGGAACUCUGUGUUGGAGAGUCUUAGUAAUGGGGUGCCCUUGAUCGGGUGGCCACUAGCAGCAGAACAAGCAUUCAAUGUGAAGAUGUUGGUGGAGGAUAAAGGAGUGUGUGUAGAGCUUACAAGAACGGUGGAAAGUAUCAUUUGUGGAGAUGAUGUGAAGAAGGUUAUAGAAAUUGUUAUGGAUCAUGAAGGGAAGGGAAAGGAGAUGAAGGAGAAAGCAAAUGAAAUUGCACAACAUAUCAGAAUGGCGCACUCAGAGAAGGGUAAAAUAAAGGGGUCUUCAGUGAAAUCAAUAGAUGAUUUUGCAAGAACCAUUUUAUCAUCCUAG